AGUGGGAACCCUUUUAAAAAGAAAGAAGCCAAACCCUCCCGGAGCUGCGACUUAACCCCUACCAACUGUCUUUCACAGGAACCAUGUUGCCCUGCCAGGAGGGAGAAGAUGUUUUGGAAUCAGUCAACUUAAGCUGAUUGUUGGACAGAACUUCAGAAUGAGCGAAGAGGCAUGCAGGACACGAAGUCAGAAACGAGCACUUGAGCGAGAAACCCCCCCAAACGAUGCAGAUAGCAAAAAAUUAAAGAUGGAGAAAGGAUUAUUGGGAUCAGAUGUACAGACUGAAGCAGACGUCGCGAUGAACUCCGAGCCGGAUGCAGGCAAAGUGCAAGGAUUACUCAAAAGAGGAGAAGUGAAAGCGACCAUCAAAGUUGAAGUCCAGACGGUAGAUGAACCAGUCGACAUGAGUACCUCAAAGAGUGAUGUAAGGCCUGAAAAGAGAGUUCCCUCACCUGAUGUUAUAGUUUUAUCGGACAAUGAGCCUUCGAGCCCUAGAAUGAAUGGUUUAACGCAAAUAGCAUUAAAUGAGACCAAUACCGAGGCACUCAUGAAAAGCAGUCCUGAAGAACGAGAGAGAAUGAUUAAACAGCUAAAAGAAGAGUUAAGAUUAGAAGAAGCAAAACUUGUUUUAUUGAAAAAACUAAGGCAGAGUCAAAUACAAAAAGAGACCACUACUCAGAAGCCUGCUGGCUCUUCUGGGAGUGUGGUGGCCACCCCUCCCCCCCUGGUGCGGGGAACACAAAACAUUCCUGCUGGCAAGCCGUCCCUUCAGACUUCUACCCGAAUUCCAGGAAAUGUUAUCCCCCCUCCACUGGUCCGUGGUGGACAACAGGCAUCUUCAAAGUUGGGGUCUCAACAGACCGCACAGAUCGUAAUGCCACCUCUUGUCAGAGGGGCCCAGCAAAUCCACACUAUCCGACAGCAUUCCAGCACGGGGCCACCUCCGCUACUUCUUGCGCCGCGGGCUUCUGUCCCCAGUGUCCAGAUUCAAGGGCAGAGAAUUAUCCAACAGGGGCUGAUCCGCGUUGCCAACGUCCCCAAUGCUAGCCUGCUUGUCAAUAUCCCACAGGCCUCACCAACCUCAAUUAAAGGUACAACUGUAGCAUCUGCUCAGGCCAGUGCGGCUACCACCACCAGCGUGGCCUCCAUAGUGAACUCCAAUGACUCGCCAGCCAGCCGGCAAGCUGCAGCAAAACUUGCACUGCGCAAACAGCUGGAGAAGACCCUGUUAGAGAUUCCUCCUCCCAAGCCGCCUGCCCCAGAGAUGAAUUUUCUGCCCAGCGCUGCCAAUAACGAAUUCAUCUACCUGGUUGGAUUGGAAGAAGUGGUCCAAAACCUACUGGAAACUCAAGGCAAAGUUUCAACCACCGCUUUAUCCCACGAGCCCUACAUGUGUGCUCAGUGCAAGACCGAUUUCACCUGCCGCUGGAGAGAAGAAAAGAACGGAAGCAUUAUGUGCGAAAACUGUAUGACAUCAAACCAGAAGAAGGCGCUGAAGGCGGAACACACCAAUCGCCUGAAGGCGGCCUUCGUGAAGGCCCUGCAGCAGGAGCAGGAGAUCGAGCAGCGGAUACUGCAGCAGACCUCGUCGCCCGUGCAGGUGAAACCAGAACCGAUCACCCAGCAUCAUUCACUGAAGCAGGUCAUAAAACCACGGCGUAAAUUGGCGUUCCGCUCAGGAGAGGCCCGCGACUGGACUAAUGGGGCUAUGCUGCAGACUCCUAGCCAGCUGUCGCGCGGCCCCUCAGGUUCCCCCAGAGGAGUCUUGCAUGCAUUUAGCCAGUCGCCUAAGCUGCAGAAUGCAGCAGCUGCUGCAGCCCUCAUUAGCAGGCCAGGUAAGCAUGUGGAGAGACCUGUCAACAAGGGCACCACCACCACCUCCACCAACUGGAAGAAGACUCCCAUCAGUACAGGUGGGGCUUUAGCUUUUGUCAGCCCUAGUUUAGCAGUGCACAAGACUUCUUCGGCAGUAGAGCGCCAGCGUGAAUAUCUCCUGGACAUGAUCCCGCCCCGAUCCAUCCCUCAAUCUGCCACAUGGAAGUAAUGCAACGAGAUGCCCUUUUUGUGCCACAGCACAGUGGGACCUGCUUUCACCUAUCAGCCAGAUGUGCUUUCCCCCCCUCAUUUUGAAGGAAGGAAGAUGACCAAUUUUCAACUCAGCAUGUGCUCCCAUUCUGGUUCUGAGCGACAGUGGGCUUGCGGAAUCAAGACUUUUUGAUACUUGGACUAUAAAAUUAUUGUGAUGGACUGGUGGUGAAGGCUGUUGAAGGGUGGGGGGGGUCAAAUUAUCUUUUUUUGGGGGGAGAGGGGGGAGGCUUUUAAUGUUUUUCUUCUUUCAUUUGCCAUCACCAGCACAAAAAAUGGGACUAAGUGGACUCGUGUCUUUGGUUUCUUUCAUAUUAUUAGUAGCUUGCCAGUCACAAGAGCAUGCAGUGUACACUGGAGACCAAGAAUGCACUUGUGUGUGUGACAAUAGUGGGAUCAGAACCCGAUUCUUUCAGAUGUGUUUAGCAAGUGGGAUCUCUUGCUUUCUCUCCCCACUACCGUGACUGCCUCCUCUCACGGCAGUCUGCAGAUAGAGGUAUCUUUAAAUCCGCUCCUAAGAGCUGAAUUAGUGAUUAAAGAAGUACGGAUUCAGAUAUUCCAAUUGUGUGAUUUCUCUUUAGCUGGUUGGUGCUGGGGCAAGCUCUGUAAGUAGAACCUAAGGUAGACAUCAUGUCAUCUUGAUCCAAAUCAUGUAGGACAGAUUCUUAAAGUGGAUUGAAGGGCCAAGUUCAGAACUGUUGAAGGGGAAAGCAGCAGUGGAUGCAACUUGGUCUCUCUGGCAGCAAGCACGCCGCGGCUCACUUGAAAGUUUCGUAAAACCAAUCAGGGGAAAAAAUGACAACAGAAAAGUAAUUGAAAACUUCAGAUCUCAGGAAGCUCCAUCCUGUCGGAAAGGAGGAGGAAGAUAGAUUGUGGCAGAGCCAAGAAGGUUGGUUGUGGAGUGGGGGGAAGCUGUGGUCGUGGUGGGGAGAGGAGAGGGGAGUGUUUUUUCUACAGUAUUUUGUUUGAGAUUUUUGAUUUUGGUUUUGCUUCUCUCCCCCCAUCCCCCUGGGGUUUUUUUUGUUUGUUUUGUCGUUGUUGUUGUUGUGUUGUUUUUUUAAUACUGUUAUUAACGGACAAAGCUGAGCCUUCUUAAUCCGUGCUCUAAGUCAGAUGACAUCAGUGAAAGCACAUGAUGGGCCCACUCCGGGUAGCCUAAAUGACUGCGUAGCCAGAUUUUUCUUUUCUUUCCUGCCCACCUCCAGCAGUUUCAUUUAUCAGUUGAUACCAAGUUCAUUGCAUCACUUUGAUCUUUCAGUUUGGGUAGUGCUUAGGAACCCUGCCCUUCAAACAGGGGUUGCCUGUGAGUUACCUUUUCUUUUCAGGCCAUUGGGUAGAAGUUUCAGAUUAGCAUUUUUAUUUUCCUCCUCCAGAUUGGUCAUCCCAAGUACAGUCUUUUUCUCUCUCUUUUUUUUUGGGGGGGUGGGCGGGAAGGAGGGCAGUGGGAUCAGUAUCAGACUUGGUGCUGAGAUGAAUGUGUCACGACAUAUAUCUGUGGAGAGAUAUAUGGGCAGAAGAGGUUACUGGCAGAUUUACACUUGAAAUCAAGUACUAUUUUUCCUUUGGCUGCAGUUGGACACUUAAUUUAAUAUCAGUUCUCUGUAGGACAUCCCUCUUGAAAUCCAUCUCUUGCAUUCUAAUAAGUUCAUUUUAACCCCCCACCCCUUUCUUCUGUUGUGUGAAUAAUAUUAAUGUUUAGAUCUCUUUUUUAUAUAUAUGCAGUAGAAUAGAAGACCUAGUUUUGCAAAAUGUUAUAUUUUUUUUGUUGUAUAAAAACCUUAGAGUUUCCAUUUGACUUUUGUUUUGAGUGUAUGAUAAGUUAGCAGGGAUGACAGGUGGGUAAUUUGGGAUUGUUUGGUUUUCCAUUCCAACUUGGGGACAAAGGAAGGGAUCGGAGUGGGGGUGGGGGGGCGGGCGGGGGAGGAUCGGGGGAAACAUUCGUGUUCAGGAAAAAAGGUGCAUUUUUGCACCAAGAAACCAGAGUAUGCAAGUAUUUCUAUUCCUUGCGUUUUUUUGUGCCUGGCAAAUAUCUGUCUUAUACACCUAACUGGGCUAACUAGCCAUUUCUAUUUAAUGACAUGGGCCAAACUGUGUUUGAGUUCAGGGGCAAAAAAAAAAAAUCCCCAGAGCUCCUUGACUUUUUUGAGGAGACAAAAAGUUAGCAUUGUUUAUACGUCUAAUUUUGAAGCACCACAUCCAGGUGGUGAAGAAGUGCACCUUUAUUUGGGAAGUCAAGAUUGCAGUUUGUGCUGUGGAUUUGUGUUGGGAAGGUUGGGGUUUGGGUUGCUAGGAAAGUUCUCCCUUUGUUAAACGUUUUGUUAAAAAUCAUUGUUGAAAGUGCCAGUGUUAAUAUUAACAGAUCUUUUCUCACCUUGAUUUCGAGAACUACAAAAUGGAGAUUUAGCAAAAGUGCAUUUCCAAGAAGGUCAUUUAACCAACUGAAAGACUUGAGAGAAAAGGCACUUGUCUUUGAAGUUCUGGUAUGGAAUAUAGUUUUCUUUCCAUAAAUAAAUAUUUGCUGAGGCUAAAUUAGGAUGGUCUCAGACAUUUUGUGCAUUGGUGUGUGCUGGAUUUUUCACAAAAGCAGAUUUGGCAUGCUUUUAUGUAUGGGUCUCGGGGCUUGGGCCGUUGGAGGAAAAAUGGAAAAGAUAACUUUUGAAAAGUUGGGCUCAGUGGAGCAGGGGACACACCAAAUUUGAGUGUGCUAGAAAGGGAGGAGGGAGAAGAUGACAGAAGCUCCAUCUGCUUUAAAUGUUGGCUAAACCGCUAAAAGGAUUCCUUCCCUCCCACCCCCCACCCAGAUCAUUUUCAACACUGCAGUAUUGUUACCUAAAGGUUACAUUUUUCUUGCUGUUGUAAUUGAGUGGGGAAAAACUGAGCGCGCAUUUAAAGAAUAAAACAUCUGGUUUAUUUUUACUGCUGUUGUACUGCUUGACAUUCCUAUCACUGUAAGAACUGUAGUCUUUCCUCCUGAAUCCCGGCCUUCGCAGCGCAGCUCUGUGGCAGUUCCACCAAGCCUGGGCAGGAAGUAAAAUUUGUUUCUUCACUGGGUUGGGGUGGGGUGGCAGGAAGGGUCUUUCUCUGUGUUUGUUAGAGAUUUGGCUGUACUGUCGACAGUGUAAUCUGGAAGCGGCUGUAGCAUGCCCCUGUGUCUCAGCGUCGUUCCUCGUCCCUGCCUUUGCUGCGAAUGGCCACCUGAUUUACUGGCACUGCUCAGAUCCUGUUGGAUUCCCCUGUCUCUCCUGGAGGAGGAUUAGAGCAAAGUUGGUCCUUACAAGCCAUAUAUAUUCUUUCUUCCUUUUGGAGAUGCUAAAGCGUUGAGAUUUUAUAAUUCAGAAAUGAUUAAAAAAAAUGACUAACUGUUGUAAUAGAAGAUUUAAGCAAUUUGUGAAAUAAAACCCCUGGCUUUCAUUGGAACCAGUGUUAAGAUUUGGGA